AUGUACGACAGGCGAAGGGCCAACCGCCAGCUCAAGAUCCGGCUACUCCAGGCUGAAGUGGUGGAGACUCUCCGGUGCGCCUCGUGGAGCCUAGCAGCGGAGCACUACACGAAGCUCAAUGGGACCCACCGCCAGUUAACAGGCUGCGAGGAAACCAUCGAGGCCACCGUGCGCAAACGGAGACUGUGGUUCGCGGGCUUUGUUAUGCGCAUGGAGGACAGCCGCCUCUCCAAGCGCAUGCUGUUAGGAGCGAUGGCGGGGGGCGUGGGAUACCGGGGCGGGCAGGAGAGCGACUGGGUGUCUCGUCUAGGAGAGGACCUCGUGGCCUUCUUCAACAUGGGAGACGAAAAGGAAGGGGGUAAAUGGAAAGAGAGCGCCAAGGACCCGGAGGUGUGGUACAACAAGGUCGAGGACGGGGCGGCAUGGUUCAUGAGGAAAUGGCACAGGCAGGAGGCGGAAGCGUCCGCGAAGCGCCAGCGCGCGAGGGAAGCAGAAGCAGAGAGGACGGUCAUCUCAGGACCGAAGAGAAAGAGAGUCGGGGAAGCGGCGGUGGGGGGGAAGAAACGGCGAUUGGGCACUGCUGUAGAAGCGAGUAGGGCGGCCGAGGCAGCACUUGUGGUAAACUAUGUACCCGGCUGA